UGACAUGCUAGUAUAAUGUUGGCGGUCGCAGCAUUUGGUGCACUGCAUGUGGAAUUUUCCCAGCCUGUGAAUCUUGAGGAAGUUGAGAAGAUAAACCCUGAAGUGAGAGAAGGAGGCCGAUAUGCUCCAAAAGACUGUAAAGCACUUCAGAAAGUAGCAAUCAUCAUACCAUUCAGGAACCGUGAUGAGCAUCUGAAGUACUGGCUGUAUUAUCUCCACCCAAUCCUUCAAAGGCAACAGCUUGACUAUGGAGUGUAUGUCAUCAAUCAGGGUGGAGAAGAAACCUUUAACCGUGCUAAACUUCUGAACGUAGGCUUCAAAGAAGCUUUGAAAGAAUAUGACUAUGGUUGCUUUGUAUUUAGUGACGUAGACCUAAUUCCAAUGGACGACAGGAACAUCUACAAGUGUUACAGCCAGCCACGGCACCUUUCUGUAUCGAUGGAUAAGUUUGGAUUUCGUUUACCAUACAAUCAGUAUUUCGGAGGUGUGUCUGCUUUAAACAAGGAGCAAUUCGUAAAAAUCAAUGGAUUUCCUAAUAAUUACUGGGGCUGGGGUGGCGAAGAUGACGACAUUUAUAACAGGCUGUUUUUUAAAGGUAUGAGAAUAUCUCGCCCAGAUGCUGUAAUUGGGAAGUGCCGAAUGAUUCGCCAUUCAAGAGACCAUAAAAAUGAACCCAACCCACAGAGGUUUGACAGAAUUGCUCACACAAGAGAGACAAUGAAUUCCGAUGGCUUAAAUACGCUAUCAUACAAGGUAGUGAAAACUGAGAAAUACCCGCUAUAUACAAAAAUCACAGUGGAUGUUGGCUCACCAAAUAAGUAGUGUUGGAGAGGCAGAAGUGAAGACUUAGAAGCUACCAUGGAUGUCUGAUCCAUAGGAUUCUUAUAUGUACUGUUUUUACUACAGUCAGAAUGAACAAGAAAGCCUCAUUCAGCUAUGCAAAUUUUUUCCCAGUCUCCUGGACAAGGGAGACUUUUUAAUCCCAAACUUGACUUUACACAACUUUCUAGCUCUACAGUAUUUUUGUAAGUUUAGAAACUGUAAAUAAGAGUUGUAAAUAUUUACAUUGCCAGAAAAUGCUGGACAUUAUGUAUCUGCUGCAGUGCUCCCCACAGAAAUAUUUUAUUCAAAUGUUAUUGUUCACAAACAAAUGAUGAAUCAGCAGUUACUACCCAUAUUAUUUCUUCCAUAUGUUAAAUUAGAUAGACGAGAACACUGCUUUAAAUUCUUUGCUGUUGUUACUUUAUGAAGGACUGGAAAAUGCUGCUAAAAUUAUACAAGUUUACACUUUGCAUUAGAUUUUUUUUAAUGGAGGCAGUAUCAUUUAUUCUCGUCUAACAUCAACCAAACCAAACAUUUUUUUCUUUAAUUUUAUGUAGAGCAAGUUUUGGAAAAAUUGAUCUUACAAAAUCUGUAAGAGUAACAGAUUUUAUUAUCUCAGAGGGGAUUUUAAUAACUUGGGUCCCAAUCCUCCAGUGAGCGCUAUAUAGACAGGACAUUUAGGCUUGGUGGGAACUGAACAGGAUGGUAUAAACAUUAUGAUUGGUGCAAGAAGUACUGUCUCCAGGUGACCUGCACGGAAAGAUGUCUCUUGUUAGAUAGAGCAGUGUAAGAUGCAUUCUAUUUUUUAAGAAAGGCAAUUUGGUUGUAAUUAUGGGCUGAAACUAUAGUCUUUUUUAAUUAAAAUUUACUGAAAUUUGUUUACUUUCGUAAGAGCUUAUCACACUAUUUAAAUACCAUAUACAUUUCACAAAAACAAAAUGCAUUUUUCUCAAUGUUGUACAUAAAACUUGAAUUCACUGUUCCUUUUGUUUUGUGAUAUUUUAAGAUGACGUGAGGGAAAUUUGGUUUUUAAAAGACAUUUGUAUGUUAAUACCUUAAUUAAACUAGGAUGCAGCAUCAUUGUUAAAUGAGGCUUAAAAAUAGCCUGUCCCCACAAUGACAGGUUCUUAUGUGCUUCAUGAUGUAUGAGCCAUGUAUUAAGUUUGCGUUACAGAUUUGUCCAUGAACUCUUCUGCACUCUUUAAUGCUUUAGUACAAACAGGACAGUAAAGAUCAGGCUUACUUUGCUGAUCUGAAGCCCGCAUUAAAAGUGUGUCUGCUAAGAUGUGAGAAAGUGUUCCAGGUCCAUACUCGUUUGUAACUUCUGCAGCCACUGAGGAGUGCACGCUUUCUUGUUCCUGGCAUUUUUAAACUGCAGAAAGGAGGCAGUGCCAGCCUAUACACCUUGCCUUUCUGUGUUAUGACAUUAUGAAAACCCCUUCAGCAUUAUGGCAUUUAGAGCAGGUCAGAAUUUCACCUCAAAGCACCGACAUCUCAGCAGUUUUUGUGAAUUUUUUGCCACCUUUCAACCAGCUCAAUCUAAAAUGGCUUAUGUUAAUUGGGCCCAAUCCAAAACUCUCAGGAGUCAGUGGGAGGCUUAGCAGGAGCUCUGGAUCAGGCCUGUGGGGUUACUUCUGCAUCUAGGUGUGUUUACCCCUUGGAGAGUAGAAGUGGAGCCUAAGUCCCAUUUGUUUUACGCAAGGAAGGAAGGGGCUGAUCUAAAGAUUGGGGGAGGGGGGGGGCUAUUUUAUUUUGGCCACUGGCUCUGGCUGAAGGCAUAGACAGAAGCCCCAAUAAGCCCAUGUGGUGCCUGGGGAGGUGCUUGCCCUUCAGUCUGAUUUGUAAGGGCUUGUCUACCGACACAAGUUAAAGUGAAGCCAGUGUGGACACUCUCUUACCUGUUUGGAACUGGUUCUACCAGCACAAGCCAAACCCAUGUGACGAGUAUCACAGGGGUAGCCGUGUUAGUCUGGAUCUGUAAAAAGCAACAGAGAGUCCUGUGGCACCUUUAAGACUAACAGAUGUAUUGGAGCAAAAGCUUUCGUGGGUGAAUGCCCACUUCGUCGGAUGCAUGCAUCCAAUACAUCUGUUAGUCUUAAAGGUGCCACAGGACUUUCUGUUGCUUUUUACAAACCCAUGUGAGCGUGUCCACACACACAGGUGCACCAAAUCUGUAUACAACAAUCACACCUUUAGUUAAACCAGUACAACUCUGGCUUCUGAUCAGUCUGAGAGAGAACCAGUUCUUGGCAGCAUUGUUUGGAGCUAAGACCUUAUGUGCCCCUGUGGAGCCCAUUGCAGGGUCCUCACCUAAGAGCCUUUGGGAGCAAUUGUCCUCACGCUAGGAAUUGCAUUACAAAGUUACUGAUGUGUUGGCAGGGAUGCAAUAGCACGUGGCUUAGAUCCCUUCCAGAAUCUGGGUUAAUUUUCUCUCUGCAAAACCCAUGCACAUGCAGCAGCACUGAUUAGUAGCCAAAUGUGGCCUGGGAUUUUCUAAGGAGUCUAAGGAGUGUGGCCCCCAGCUCCCCCCGAAUGCCAGGGGAAUGUGGGACCCAAACUCAACCGAGGCUCUUUGGAAAAUCCCAGAAUCCUUGUGGCCCCCCCCUCUCCAAUCUGCCCCCUUCUCCUGUCAGCUGAAACAUCGGAAUCUUCAGAGAUUUGUUUAAUCCUCUAGCUGCCCAACCUAUGCAAAGACAGUUUAUUGCACUUGAUUGUUUUGCCUUACUAAUAUAUGAAGAUCAGGAAAAUUUCUAUAGAAAGCUUUCGUAUUUUAAAUCUCGAAGAAUGGAAUUCAUGUAAGUGGUAACUUUCUGGCUGUUAGCAUUAAAGAUUUCUACAAAUGUGCCUUAAAAGGGAAGGGGGAAGGAAACCUUGAACCAACAGAACAGUGUGUAUCAUAUCAGACACUUAAGAGUUCCCAUGGGCUGAUGUUUUACUUUUUCUUUUACUUAUAUUUAAAACCAUAAACUAUUUAAGAAAAGUUUUUAAAAGACAAAAACUUCCCCGCCCCCACCUUUCUUAAUAAUAUGUGUAACCCUGUGGUGCUGGGCCAGGAUUUCAACAGGCUGAGUUCUCAUGCAAAGCACAUCUGUCAAACUGAAAUUUCUUCUCAACUUAACCAGCCCAUGAAGUCCAGUCAUUCUUCUCUCUGGGAUUUUCAGGGACUGUAGCUGUGAACAAGUAUGUAACUCAGAAGUGAAUUUUGACUGAAUCUUAGUUUGUGGUGGUUCCUAUUCAGGUGUUGAAAUUCACUGAAAUUAUCGUGUGUAAAAUGAGCAAAAUCAAAAACACAUAACCGGAUGUAAAACAAAUGCAGAUACCUAAUUUAUUCAUAACAAUUGUUUUUUAGAAUACUACGCAUUCUGGUAUGUGGCCUUUUAUCAUGUGUCCUUUGUUCAUUUGCUGGACAGUGUAGGUUUUCCACAUGUUUUCCAUAGAUGGUUUUGCUUUGCACUUUUAUCACUCGUAUUAUUUCCACAUGUAAAAGCUAAGGUCCCUAUGUUGAUUUUCAUGUCAAAUAAAGUAUUUUCAGUCUUUA